GCGAGUGAAGGACCCACCGCAGAAUUGCCGCCGAAGACCCGGAGCACGGAAGGACCCCCCCGCGCCACCGAAUUGCUGCCGAGGGUGGCAAAAUGCCAUACCCCCAAAUUCUGGUGCCCUAGGCAACCACCUAGGUCGCCUAAAUGGAAGCGCCGGCCCUGUCCCUAGUAUGAACUGACACAGCAGUACGUACAUUUCCCUUUCUGUUGUCCUUAUGAACACUAAAUGAAGGUGAGCAGAAAGCAGUGUGAGUCCUCUGUGUAUAGAAACUAUUCAGAGUGCUUUGGUUAUAACAUCUAUUGCUGCUUGUGAGAUUGAACUAUUGAAAUUCAAACCUAAAAGCAGUUUCCUUUUCUCUCAAAUCUCUUCCUACAUUCUAUAUUAACCAAAUCUGUAGAAAUUACCCCACCUAAUUAUGAUAUCUGGGGGGAAAAAAUUGUAGAAAUCCUGUAUGACAAAAACAUCUUUGUUCAUGCUUUCAUUUGACUUUUAGCUAUACUAGUUUUCAUGUAUAUCAUAGGAUAGGGCAGGAUGUAUGUGUCAUAAUUGUUAAUUAUUUGGUUGCUAGUAACUGGCAGCUUGGAUUGUUGCAAGCACUUGAACUGUGUAAGUAAAAGUUGACCACCUAGUACCUAUGUUUCCUGAACGUGUUUAAAGAGGGAACUUGAGUAAUUUGUAUAUAGAGAUGAGUCAGCUGCAUGGAACAGCUGCCGGAAGUCAAGAUUUGCUAGCUUGUGAAACCUGUGGAAGACAUUUUGCACAAGAUGUUCUGUUAAGGCACGAGCCAAUAUGCAGGAAAGUCUUCAACAAAAAGCGCAAAACUUUCAAUUCUUUGAAACAGAGACUGCAGGGAACUGAAAUUCCCUCAGUGAAGAAACAGCCACCACCAAAGAAACAACCAGAAAAGAAAUCUAACUGGAGACAGCUGCAUGAGGACUUUAAUGCUAUUCAGUCAGCCAAGCAAGUCGCAAAAGCCAUGAAAGAAGGCCGACCCCUUCCUCUUCCUCCACCUCCAAGCAUCAAUCCAGACUAUAUUCAGUGUCCCUACUGCUUGAGAAGGUUUAACGAAGCUGCAGCAGAGAGGCAUAUCAGUUUUUGCAAAGAACAAGCUACACGACGUGUCUUUGCACCAGGCCAGAAAGCAGCCAAACAGGCCCCGGGCAAGCAACAAAUGACUCAAAGAAGAGAACCAACCUUAACAAGUGCUGUGGAAUCACUGCUUCAGAACAGAGCCCAAGAAGCUGCCAUUGCAGGACCUGCUGUGCAGUCCUCUGCUGGAAUGCCAGAGAGAACCAAAAAAACAUCCGGUGUACCCUUUGGAAAAAAUACUUCAGGAGAUUCUCGAAUGGGGCCCACGAGGUUGAGGACAGAGAAAAUGUCUGAUGGGGAAGUGGAAAGUCUCCAAGGCAGGGGAGGGUUCAUGUGAAAAUCUCAAGUAGGCACUGAAAGCUCUGAACUUUGGGGGGACAAGAAAUGUAAAACAAGA